GAAGUUCUCAUAUGUCGCGACAAGGUUGCAUGUGAUGUUCUGUUGGGGCAAAGCUUAGGAGGGCUUUCAUACCAUAACUGCCAUCGACACAUAUUGCUUGUAAGCUGCCCCUUUCAGUCAGUCUCUAGCGCGUCAGAACUCAGUAGUCAUGGCGCCAACAUACGCUGACCACCUGAACGUUAUCAAGGGCUUCUGUGACAAGGCCGAUGGCAAGGAUAAGCUUACGGGACUUAUCCAGUAUGCCUGCAUGUUCCUUUCUGCUGGCGAGCCCGGUAACCUUAAGAAGGUUCAGGCGUCCGUGACGGCGGCGCGGAAGGUCUUCCGCAUCAUGCGGCCUCUGGAGCUCAUGAGUCCUCUGCUCAUCAGCCCGGGCUUCUCAGGCAAGCAGCCAAUGCUUCUCGAGGCCAUCAACAAGGUCAAGACCGUGCUGAUGGCUGUGUACUUCGGCGCGGACCACGUCGUCUGGGCCCACCAGAUUGGCCUUAUCUCGGACAAGAAGAUCGGCGAACGGUACCAGAAGCUGUCCUUGUGGACCUGGGCCCUUGGGUCCGUGUGCUCGGUGGCCGCGGAGAGCUGGCAGAUUGCGAUGCAGAGCGUUGUGCGCAAGGAGGGCGAGAGCGACGCGGACUACGAGAAGCGCGUUGAGGCCGUGAAGAACGACAUCAACAACCGCUUGUUCAUCAUCCUGCACUCGGUCAUCCAGGCUGCCCUGGCGGCCGGCCUGCUGCAAGUCCUGCCCUUCAAGCCGCGCACCGUUGGCUUCCUGGGCGUUGUGGCGUCGGCCAUGAACUGCUACAUGCUUCUGCCGGCGUACCCCAAGCCGGCGCCCAAGGCGAAGGAGCAGUAAAUGCAUCAUGUUGCCGGUCACCCUGGGGGACUUGGUGGUAGCAGCUGACACGAGCAUCCAUGCUCGUACCUCGUAGCAUGCUUGCACGUGGCGGGCAGCAGGAGGGCUGACAGUUAUGCUUAUGGAACUCGAGCGCCACUAGGCCUUUUAGGCGUGCGGCUGUGCUGCCGAUAGGGCAGGGGCCGACCUAUGGGGUCUGUGGUCCUGGGCCUGCGAGUCCAGGUCCUUCCCGUAAAACCACCGCAUUGUACAUUGCGGUUAUGAUCACCUUGCAGGGAUGCAUGCUGGGAAAUGCCGUGUAUACACGGCGUUUUCGUAUACUUUCUCUAUUAGUUACGUAUUUUUGGCCAAGCCAUACAACGUAUGGAUUGGCCUGUCCAAGUGGGGUCAUGCAAGCUCGUGUUGAAACGCAUUCAUUUAGGCGAUCUGCGUCGUAUAGGACAGAUGCGUACCGUGUCUGGCUAUGAAGCGUUCAACAAUGCUCGAGGACAUGUGUUCAAUGUAUCAACAAGUUCAAUGUAAGCAAGCCCGAAAUGAUAGAUGCGUUGCAGCCUAUAUCCGCUCUGUCCGUAUCGCCGCUGUAACUAAGCUAAUUGCGAA